AUGACUUUUCGAAUGUUCCCUAACGUUUUGAGACGUCAAGUUGGUAGUGGCUUGGCGAAAAAGUUUGUACGUCCUUUUGCUUCAGAAGUCAAUAAUUCUCUGACGACACGUUCCACUUUACUUCCCAAUGGUUUAACUGUCGCUACUGAGAGUAAUCCAUAUGCUCAAACAGCGACAGUAGGAGUUUGGAUUGAUGCUGGUAGUAGAGCUGAAAAUAAAAAGAAUAAUGGUACAGCUCAUUUUCUUGAACAUAUGGCAUUCAAGGGAACAACAAAUCGUACUCAGCAUCAACUUGAACUUCAAAUUGAAAAUAUUGGUGCACAUUUAAAUGCUUAUACAUCCCGGGAACAAACUGUUUAUUAUGCAAAAACAUUUAAACAGGAUAUACCUAUCGCAGUUGAAAUUUUAUCCGAUAUUCUACAAAAUUCGACUUUGGAAGAAAAAGCAAUUGAACGUGAACGAGAUGUUAUUCUGAGGGAACAAGAAGAGGUUGAUAAACUUCUUGAUGAAGUUGUAUUUGAUCAUUUGCAUGCUACAGCUUACCAAGGUCAUUCAUUAGGACGUACAAUUCUCGGACCUAAAGAAAAUAUUUUGUCCCUUAAACGAGAAGACCUUGUUGAUUAUAUUGCCAAAAAUUAUACCGCGGAUCAUAUGGUGUUGGUGGGAACUGGAGGAGUUGAUCAUGAUGAACUUUUAAAAUUAGCAGAAAAACAUUUUGGAAAAAUUCCAACAUCUCCAAAUGCUUUGAAUUUAAAUCAUUACGUUGAGAAGCCACCAUUCACUGGUUCAGAGAUUCGAGUAAGAAAUGAUGAAUUACCACAAGCUCAUAUAGCCUUGGCAGUAGAAAGUGUUGGUUGGACAUCACCUGAUUAUUAUCCCAUGUUGGUUGCCCAAGCUAUAAUUGGAGUUUGGGAUAGAUCUCUUGGAUGUGCACCACAUAGCUCUCCUCGCCUUUCUCAUACAAUUUAUGAAAAUCACCUUGCCAAUUCAUACCAAGCUUUUAAUACAAGUUAUAGUGAUACUGGAUUAUUUGGUAUUUAUCUUAUAUCAGAAAAUAAGACACAAUUGGAUGAUUUGAUUCAUUUUACAUGUAAAGAAUUUUGGAGAUUAUAUACAUCUCCCAUAGAAUAUGAGGUUGAACGCGCUAAACAACAACUUAAAGCUUCACUUUUGUUAAAUCUUGAUGGCACAUCUUCGGUUGCAGAAGAUAUUGGACGUCAACUUAUAACAACAGGUAAGAGAUUAACACCUAAGGAAGUAGAAUCUAUUGUGUCGAAAGUUACUGUGGAUGAUGUUAGGCGCGUAGUGGGAGAAUAUAUUUGGGAUAAAGAUUUUGCGAUGGUCGGCGUUGGGCCAAUCGAAGGACUCCCAGAUUAUAACCGAAUACGAGGAGAUAUGGCUACAAAUCGUUAUUAA